AUGGAGGACAGCGGUGAAUGGUGCACAGUUCCUACCAAGGGCAACCAUCACGACAACAAGAACAAGGCACACCGACCUGCUAAUGGCAAGUCCAAAGGCAACAACAGUGCUCGUAAAGCGCGAUCUACUCGCAAGCAGUCGACAACCAAGAUCAACAACCCUCGCAGCUCACCUCCUACUACCACCACCACUACCACCACGGCUACUACCGCCCAAUCCAAUCCAUAUCAUUUGCCUGAGGAUAACGAAGACGACGACGAAGGAUCAAGUGAAGAAGAGGAGCAAGAGGAAGAAGCUGUUGUACCACCUUACCACACCACCAUUCUAUCCGUUUGUCCUUUGAAGGAUUGUCCAGCAAACGAGCCGUUUCUCGACACGACAUCACUUGUCAAGCAUUUACGAUCGGAGCAUAACCUUGUAUUCAAGGAUUUGCAUCACAUGUACAUUGCUCUUGAUCCGUAUUUGAGACGCUGGGCCAAGGAACUUGAAACAAAACCUAUCGAGGAAAUUGCAUGUCUUGAUGAUUUCGAUGCAAAGGUGUACAUCAUUGAUCCCCGUUAUUGUCCCCUGGAUAAGGAAAUUCGUGAUGAAAUGCAACGCGCCAAGCUGGAUGAAGUCUUGAAAACACAACAACGUGAACGUGACCAUGACGCCAAGGUGCCUAGAAAAUGCUUGUUCUGCAAGGUCAUUUGUGACAACAGGGCUAUUCUUUUCAAGCACAUGUUCUCCGAGCACAACUUUAACAUUGGUCUCCCGGACAACUUGGUAAACGUGAAUGAGUUCUUGGACAUGUUGGAAAGCAAGCUUUCAAAGCUUCAAUGCUUGUAUUGCGAGAAGAUAUUCACGAAUGCACCCGUUUUGCGCAAGCACAUGCGUAAGAAAAAGCACUUCAAGAUUGCUCCAAGAAAUAGACAAUACGAUCGUUUCUACGUGAUCAAUUAUUUGGAACCUGGCAAGAAUUGGGAAUCUUUCGAGCAUGACAACUAUGAGAGUGACGAUGAUAAACGUGACGAAUCCUGGGCUGAUUGGGAGGAGGAAGAAGCCGAACCAACAAUGUGUCUCUUCGAUAACGAUGUAUUCCCAUCCCCUGAGGAAACAUUACAACAUAUGAAAACGGCCCAUGGGUUUGAUCUCUCACGGAUACGAAAGGAGCAUGGUCUGGAUUUUUACAAAACGGUGGUGCUUCUCAAUUACAUCAGACAUCAAUCGUCACUUGAUAAGUGCUUCGUGUGUGGCCACGUGGUAGAAGAUUUGUCGUUGCUUGCGAAACACAUGGAAGAGAAGAAAUGCUUUCAACAACGCAUCGAUAAGGACGCUGAUUUCUGGAAGGAUCCCAAAUACCUUCUUCCUACCUACGAGAACGAUCCCAUUUUGACAGGUUUCGAAGGUGACGAGGGCGAGGAGGAUGAACAAGAUGAACAAGAAAAGAAGCCAGAACAAGAACAAGGCACCCCUAGCAUUCCAACAUCAGACACUGAUAACAAGAAAGAAGCAUCGACAACAUCAGCAUAA